AUGCCUGCCGCCUCUGAGAGACAGAUGCCUACCGCCUACAGGAGUCCCCCGGUCGUCCACCAGCAGCCUUACAAAGACACCAGCUCCAACGACACUGGCCCCAAAGACAUCAGCUCUGAAGAUGCGAAGGGAACUAUCUGUACGGAGUCUUCCAUCCCGGCCGGAGUUUCUGAUAGCGGGUCGCCGUCUCCCUACAGAGAGGGACCGUUCCGCCAAUAUGGUGCUCCCGACCACAAGGGCACUGUCGACUGCUCGGGCAACAAUGUCAUCGUGCAUUGGGGCGUCCAGGGAGCGGAGACGAAGAAUUAA